CUCGAAACACGGGGUGGUGACACAAUGGCUAAACAGUGGCCUUACGACAGCCUCACUAAGGCUCCCACCAACCUUAAAGAGGCCAUUGACUGGGUCCUGAGGGUUACUGGUAAGGAUGGUAAGAAGAAUGAGGCGGCGGCGAAGCCGCAACUCGGCUGCCUCUGCUUCUUGGCCAAGGCAGUAAAGGACCUACUGUAUGACGCCAGGUCCCCGGGGUCCCCUGGUCCAAGCACUCAGAGGUACUGGAACGAUCUGCUCCUAGAGCAGGAAAGUACCAUAGCACAGCCAGUGCUGGAGGACCUGGGACUCCUUAGUACUGGGAGCGGUACUGUGAGUACUACCUAUACUUGCGCUGGUGGCACCGAGGUCAUAAAGACCCUGAUAGACCAGUUGGCACUGGGACUGCAGAAGUGGGUUGGGUGGAAGGAAGAAAAAGGGAAGGAUGUCUGUUGUCUUAAGGGAGAAAGUGGGAUAGGAAAGAAGUGUACAUGUAGUGGUGGUGCUGGGCAGUGUUGUACCGGUUCUAGUAAUACUCCUUGUCAUGAGUGUGAAAAGUGUGGUACCAGUGCCAGUCGAGCUGACAACAAAUGCUACCUCUCGGCCUAUUGCAAAAAGAAACCCUCUAGUGGUUCCAGUUCCCCUACAGACCUCUUCCUUUGGACCUCCAUAUCCAGUGAAUCCACUAGGGUCCACCUCCUGGCCCGUAUUUUCCUAGGGUCAGUAUGUCUCAUCUGGAGUGGACUCAGUCAGUUGGGGUUCCUAACGGGUGGUGAUAACAGGUGGGAGACUAGUAAGCUGCACGAUAUCAGUGGUGACUCAGCCGGUCUCGGCUCAUUCAUGGCGGCCAUGGGCUAUGAUCUGGAUAGGUUGAAUCAGGAAGGUAACACGGGGAAGAAGGGAGAGUUUGUAUGGAAAUUACUAUCGGGAACGGACCCUAAUGGUAGCAAAGGCAUCCAGUGGCAGGAAUUUGCAUCCGUGAAAGGUGCUAACCAGAGUAGUGUAGCUGAGUACUACAGUAGUAUCUAUACUACAGCACAGAGUGCUGACAAGAGCAACAAAACCGAAGAAAUUUGUAAGGACUACCCCCUAUUGGUACUCCACAUCCUAGCCAGUGGGUACUUCAGGGCAGGCAGUGCCGGGGCCAAGGGUAUCACGUCGCCGGCGAAGCCGGCCACUGGUGAUCCUAGGAAACCCAGGACAAUCCGGGAAAUCCUAUACUGGCUUAGUGCAUUGCCCUAUAGUCAGGGAUACAGGGCACUGGUAGAGAGGAUGGGAGAUAAGACGGAUCAGGUGACCCAGGGGAACUCUGAGGAUAAAAAGGGCCAGAUAGAGCUGUACGAUACCAGUGCUGCUAAGGCUAGUACCUCCCUCAAGAGGAAUGACAUUACUCACUACCUAAUGGCCGCCUGUGGCUACUGCCCACUGGUCCUCAUCGGUAUCCAGGGGACUAUAGAAAAAGAGGUAGGAAAGCCGGCACAAGGUGUUCCAGGGGUAGGGGUACCCGGAGCUGUAUCUCCGGCAGCAGCGGCCAAGGCUACUGCUGAGAAGAAUAGGUGUCCUAAGCAUAUUAAAGACCCCAAAUCUAAGAGGUGUACCCUUGAAGACGCAGCCAAGGCAGCUACCCAGGCACCGGCACCACCGUCAGCUUCCACCGGCCAACAACUCAAGCCCGGCCAAGUCUGCUACGGCGGGUACCACCUGGAAGUCUCCAAGUUUGGCCCCCUCCAUGGGAUGUAUGCCAAUGGGCUCUUUGGCUUUGACAUGGGAGGCUCUCCUGCCCAGUGCCUGGACCAACUGAGGAUAUAUGUCUACCACUGCUUCUACCAGCUCUAUUUCCUGAGGAAGCAGUGUGGAGCAGGGGUGGACACGGCAGGGACUACAGUGCUGGGCUGGAAAAGUUGUAGGUAUGGUUAUCAGGUGUCUACCAGGAAGGGAGGGAAUACCGGUGGAGCCGAUAACAAGCAGUGGCAAUGCAAGCCAUUGGUAGGUGGUGGUGGUAACAGUAAUGGUAACAAUCAAGGUGGUAGUCCAAAUCAGAAUAAUCCACAAUCGGGAGGUAAUAGUAAUGGGAACAAGGACAUGUGCAACUGUAUGGGACAGGGAGCAAUCCAGGGUGGACAUGGAUCAUCAGGUGACGGAUCGCCCCUACAGAGCUUCUUGUGUGAUAGUAUAAAUGGAAUGCAUUGUCAUUAUACAGUGGGAUCCGGUGUAGAAAAGUAUCCUGAAAUUGAUGCUCAUAUGAACAAGACGGUAGAUUCUGAAGGAAAAGAACAUGAACCACACAAGAAGUAUCCAGAGUUAUGUCCAGUCCCUAUGGGCUGGAGCAAAGACAAAGACGAUAACCACUUCAAAGAUUUGAAAGACACGCACAAGACCCUGCCACUAACACCAGGUACUGGCACUAGUGCUGCUCAGAAGUAUCCCGCCCACUGCACUGGCAGGACACUAUUUUAUCUCCUGGAGUACUACUGUGACCCUGACAAGUGCCAGAGUGGCACCCUAGUGGUACUACUGAGACUGCUGGCGUGUAUCACUCUCACGGUGCCACGGACUCUGGGUGACCUCUUUGGGUUCUAUUACUAUAUAGUGUAUAUUGGGGGAAGUGGGAGUACUGGUGGUGGAGAGGGAGUGAAAAGGAAGUUGCAAGCAGAAUUACAGGAUGUUAGGUUGAGCAUGCUAGGUAAUGGCGGUACUACUGAUGCAGUGGUCGGAGCACUUAUCCCAGUGGAAUGGAGUGGCUGCAAUAGUGACUGCAGUAGGAUCGGUAGGGUGGAUUGUGGCACCAAUGGUGAUAAGGGUAAAUACAUUUGGUUAGGACCAUUACUGGGUGAAGUAUUGGUAGUGGUGAUAACAACCGUUGCGCUUUACCUGGUAAAAAUUUGAAGUCAACGUAAACAU